UACGUUAUCUGACUAAGACUUUAAAGGCUUUGGUGAUGAUGACACUGGUUCGGUAUAAAAGGGACUCUGCGGUUACGGCAAUGUAUUCCUUCUGCAUCAAGAUCUUCGUCUUCAGGGUUAAACCAUGAGCACCGACGGGGAAAUGUCCGUGUUUGGGGAAGCCGCCCAGUACCUCCGCAAGUCUGAGAAGGAGCGCAUCGAGGCCCAGUCUCGGCCCUUUGACAGCAGGGGGGCGUGCUUCAUCAGCGAGGAAAACGAGCUGUACGUGAAGGCCGUAGUCCAGGACCGGGCGGACGGCAAAGUCACGGCCAAAACCCUGGAUGACAGAACGUUGGUGGUGAGGGAGGACCAGGUGUUCCCCAUGAACCCCCCCAAGUACGAUAAGAUCGAGGACAUGGUGAUGAUGACCCACCUCCACGAGCCCGCCGUGCUGUACAACCUGAAGGAGCGCUACGCUGCCUGGAUGAUCUACACAUACUCUGGGCUCUUCUGUGUGACGGUAAACCCUUACAAAUGGCUGCCGGUCUACAACCCUGAGGUGGUCCAGGCAUACCGGGGAAAGAAGAGGAUGGAGGUCCCUCCCCACAUCUUUGCACUCUCGGACAACGCCUAUCAGCUAAUGCUCACAGAUCGUGUGAAUCAGUCUAUUCUUAUCACUGGAGAAUCCGGUGCGGGAAAGACUGUAAACACCAAGCGUGUCAUCCAGUACUUUGCGACAAUCGCAGUUUCUGGGGACAAGAAGAAGGAGUCCAGCAGCAAAAUGAAGGGAACCCUGGAGGAUCAAAUCAUCCAGGCCAACCCCCUGCUGGAGGCCUUCGGUAACGCCAAGACCGUCAGAAACGACAACUCCUCUCGCUUUGGUAAAUUCAUUAGAAUACACUUUGGCACAACUGGAAAACUUUCUUCAGCUGAUAUUGAAACAUAUCUGUUGGAGAAAUCGAGAGUGACGUUUCAGUUAGCAGCGGAGCGUAGCUACCACAUCUUUUAUCAGCUGACUUGCAACAAGAAACCUGAGCUUAUUGAUCUGCUCCUCAUCACCACCAACCCGUUCGACUUCUCCUUCAUCAGCCAGGGGGAGAUCACCGUGAAGAGCAUCAAUGAUGCAGACGAGCUGAUGGCCACCGAUGAAGCCAUUGACAUCCUGGGUUUCUCUGCUGAGGAGAAAGCCGGCAUCUACAAGAUGGUGGGCGCAGUGAUGCAUUUUGGGAACAUGAGGUUCAAGCAGAAACAGCGAGAGGAGCAGGGGGAGCCAGACGGCACACAGGAGGCUGACAAAGCAGCGUACCUCAUGGGCCUGAACUCAGCUGACCUGCUCAAGAACCUCUGCUACCCCAGAGUCAAGGUUGGCAACGAGUACGUCACCAAGGGACAGAAUGUUCAGCAGGUGUACAACUCUAUCGGAGCCCUGGCCAAGUCCGUCUACGAGAAGAUGUUCUUGUGGAUGGUGGACCGGAUCAACCAGCAGCUGGACACCAGGCAGCCCAGGCAGCACUUCAUCGGCGUCCUGGAUAUCGCCGGCUUCGAGAUAUUUGACUUCAAUUCCCUGGAACAGCUGUGCAUCAACUUCACCAACGAGAAGCUCCAGCAGUUCUUCAACCACCACAUGUUUGUGUUGGAGCAAGAAGAGUACAAGAAGGAAGGCAUCGACUGGGAGUUCAUUGACUUUGGCAUGGACCUGGCAGCCUGCAUCGAGCUCAUCGAGAAGCCGAUGGGCAUCUUCUCCAUCCUAGAGGAGGAGUGCAUGUUCCCCAAGUCAUCCGACGUGUCCUUCAAGAACAAGCUGUACGACCAGCACCUGGGCAAGAACGGCUGCUUCCUGAAGCCCAAGGCCGUGAAGGGCAAGCCAGAGGCCCACUUCUCCCUGUUCCACUACGCCGGCACAGUGGACUACAACAUCUCGGGCUGGCUGGACAAGAACAAGGACCCACUGAAUGAGUCAGUGGUGCAGCUCUACCAGAAGUCAUCGGUCCGGAUACUGUCCAUGCUGUACGCAAGCUUCUCUGCGACAGACGCAGUGGGAAGCGGAGCCAAGAAGGGAGCCAAGAAGAAGGGAUCCUCCUUCCAGACGGUGUCCGCCUUGUUCAGGGAGAACCUCGGGAAGCUCAUGACCAACCUGAGAACCACCCACCCUCACUUUGUGCGCUGUUUGAUUCCCAAUGAGAGCAAAACACCCGGUGUGAUGGAGAACUCACUGGUCAUCCACCAGUUGCGCUGUAACGGGGUGCUGGAAGGCAUUCGGAUCUGCAGGAAAGGGUUCCCCAGCAGGAUCCUCUACGGGGACUUCAAACAGAGGUACAGGAUUCUGAAUGCCAGUGCCGUUCCCGAGGGCCAGUUCAUGGACAACACGAAGGCUGCUGAGAAGCUGCUAGGCUCCAUCGAUGUGGAUCACACGCAGUACAAGUUCGGACACACUAAGGUUUUUUUCAAGGCCGGUCUACUGGGAGCUCUGGAGGAGAUGCGUGACGAGCGCUUAGCCCAUGUGGUCACCUCCACCCAGGCCCUGUGUCGGGCCUACGUGGUCCGCCUGGAGUACCAGAAGAUGGUGUCCAGAAGGGAGGCCAUCUACACAGUGCAGUACAACAUCCGCUCCUUCAUGAACGUGAAGCACUGGCCCUGGAUGCGGCUCUACUUCAAGCUCAAGCCUCUGUUAAAGAGUGCCGAGUCGGAAAAGGAGAUGGUCCAGAUGAGGGAGGACUUCACCAAGCUCAAGGAAGACCUGGCCAAGUCUGAGAACAAGCGGCGGGAGAUGGAGGAGAAAAUGGUCUACUUUGUGCAGGAGAAGAACGACCUCGUCCUUCAAGUCCAAUCAGAGGGGGACAACCUGCUAGACUCGGAGGAGCGCUGUGAGAACCUGAUCCAGGGCAAGGUCCAGAUGGAGGCCAAGCUGAAGGAGGUGUCCGAGCGGCUGGAGGAUGAGGAGGAGGUUAAUGCCGAGCUGACCGCUAAGAAGAGGAAGCUGGAGGACGAGAGCGCCGAGCUGAAGAAGGACAUCGAUGACCUGGAGCUCACUCUGGCCAAGGUGGAGAAGGAAAAGCACGCCAUUGAGAACAAGAUGAAGAAUCUAACAGACGAGAUCAUGAGUCAAGACGAGAACUUGGUGAAGCUGACCAAGGAGAAGAAGGCCCUGCAGGAAGCACAGCAGCAGACCCUGGACGACCUCCAGUCAGAGGAGGACAAGACCAACACACUGACCAAGGCCAAGGCCAAGCUGGAACAGCAGGUCGACGAGCUGGAAGGCUCGCUGGAACAGGACAAGAAGGUCCGCAUGGAUCUGGAGCGAGCCAAGAGGAAGCUGGAAGGGGACCUAAAGCUGGCCCAGGAGAUGCUGAUGGACAUGGAGAACGCCACACAGCAGCUGGACGAGAAGCUGAAAAAAAAGGACUUUGAGGUGUCUCAGCUUCAGACAAAGUUUGAGGAUGAGCAGUCCCUUGGAGUUCAGCUUCAGAAGAACAUAAAGGAACUGCAGGCCCGCAUUGAGGAGCUGGAGGAGGAGAUGGAGGCGGAGCGUUCAUCCCGGGCCAAGGUGGAGAAGCAGAGGUCGGACCUGUCCCGGGAGCUGGAGGAGAUCAGCGAGAGGCUGGAGGAGGCGGGCGGAGCCGCCGCCGCCCAGGCGGAGGUCAACAAGAAGCGGGACGCGGAGUUCCUGAAGCUGCGCCGGGACCUGGAGGAGAGCUCCCUGCAGCACGACGCCACCUCCGCCACCCUGCGCAAGAAGCACGCCGACAGCGUGGCGGAGCUGGGCGAGCAUGUGGACAACCUCCAGAGGGUCAAGCAGAAGCUGGAGAAGGAGAAGAGCGAGCUGAAGAUGGAGGUGGACGACCUGUCGAGUCACAUGGAAGCCAUCGCCAAGUCCAAGAUCAAUUUUGAAAAACUGUGCCGCUCGCUCGAAGACAGUCUCCACGAAGCCAAGACCAAAGAGGAGGAACAUCAGAAACUGAUCAAUGACCUGUCCAGCCAGAAAGCACGGCUGCAGACUGAAAAUGCCGAGAUGUCUCACCAGCUGGAAGAGAGGGAGUCCCUGAUGACCCAGCUGACGCGUGGAAGACAAGCAGCCCUCCAACAGAUGGACGAGCUGAAGAGGGUCAACGAGGAGGAGGUCAAGGCCAAGAGCUCCCUGGCCCACGCUCUGCAGUCGGCGCGCCACGACUGCGAGCUCCUGCGGGAGCAGUACGAGGAGGAGCAGGAGGCCAAGGGGGAGCUGCAGAGAGGCCUGUCCAAGGCCAACAGCGAGGUGGCCCAGUGGCGGACCAAGUACGAGACGGACGCCAUCCAGAGGACCGACGAGCUGGAGGAGGCCAAGAAGAGGCUUGCCUUGCGUCUCCAGGAGGCAGAGGAGGCCAUGGAGGCCAUGAACUCCAAGUGCUCGUCCAUGGAGAAGACCAAGCAGCGGCUGCAGGGCGAGGUGGAGGACCUGAUGCUGGACAUGGAGCGCUCCAACGCCGGCGCCGCCGCACUGGACAAGAAGCAGAGGAACUUUGACAAGGUGUUGUCUGAGUGGAAGCAGAAGCACGAGGAGGGGCAGACGGAGCUGGAGUCGGCCCUGAAGGAUGUCCGCUCCUUGGGCACCGAGAACUUCAAGAUGAGGAACGCCUACGAGGAGGCCCACGAGAACCUGGAGGUCCUCAGGAGGGAAAACAAGAACCUGCAAGAGGAGAUUAUGGAUCUCACUGAGCAGCUUGGGGAAACUGGCAGAACCAUGCAUGAGCUGGAGAAGUCCAAGAAACAGACAGACGUGGAGAAGACGGAAGCUCAAACUGCUCUGGAGGAGGCGGAGGCCACCUUGGAGCAUGAGGAGUCUAAGAUCCUUCGGGUGCAGCUUGAGCUGAACCAGCUGAAGGCCGAGGUGGACAAGAAGGUCUCUGAGAAGGACGAGGAGAUGGAACAGCUGAAGAGAAGCGGCCAGCGGCUGGCGGACUCCAUGCAGAACACGCUGGACGCCGAGGUCCGCAGCCGCAACGACGCCCUGAGGGUGAAGAAGAAGAUGGAGGUGGACCUGAACGAGAUGGAGAUGCAGCUCAGCCACGCCAGCAGGCAGGCGUCCGAGGCCCAGAAACAGCUGAAGAACGUACAGGUUCAGCUCAAGGAGGUACAGGUCCACCUGGAGGACUCCCUGAAGGAGAGCGAGGACAUGAAGGAGCAGGUGGCCCUGUCCGAGCGCAGGAGCAACCUGGUGCAGGCGGAGUUCGAGGAGACCCGAGGAGCUGUGGAGCAGAUCGAGAGGAGCCGCAAGGUGGCGGAACAGGAGCUCCUGGACGCCACGGAGAGGGCCCAGCUCCUCCACUCCCAGAACACCAGCCUGAUCAACAGCCGGAAGAAGUUGGAGGCUGAGCUCACUCAGAUCCAGACUGAUAUGGAGGACAGUGUUCAGGAGGCCAGAAACGCUGAGGAGAAAGCCAAAAAGGCCAUAACAGACGCGGCCAUGAUGGCGGAGGAGCUGAAGAAGGAGCAGGACACCAGCGCCCACCUGGAGAGGAUGAAGAAGAACCUGGAGGUGACCGUGAAGGACCUGCAGCAGCGCCUGGACGAGGCCGAGAACCUGGCCCUGAAGGGCGGCAAGAAGCAGCUCCAGAAACUGGAGACCAGGGUACGAGAGCUGGAGAACGAGCUGGAAGCAGAACAGAGACACGCCAUGGAGGCUGUGAAGGGCGUCCGCAAAUAUGAACGCAGGAUUAAGGAGCUCAGUUAUCAGUCGGAGGAGGACAAGAAGAACAUGACGAGACUGCAGGAACUGGUGGACAAGCUUCAGAUGAAGGUCAAAGCUUACAAGCGGCAGUCGGAGGAAGCCGAGGAGCAGGCAAACAGCAGCAUGGCCAGGCUGAGGAAGGUGCAGCAUGAGCUGGAGGAGGCUGGGGAGAGGGCGGACAUCGCAGAGUCCCAGCUCAACAAGAUGCGGGCCAAGAGUCGUGGCGUUGGAAAGGGAAAGCCAAGUGCUGAAUAAAACGCCAUGUUGGGUUGAAGCAGAAGGCAAUGGAAGGAUCCCUAUUCUGUGCUAAAAUUUCUAAAAAUGAAUGUAAAGAAAUAAUAUAUGGAACAUUUAUUAUACUGGCUUUUAUUGUGACAUUAAAUUACUGUUACUGUUAUAAUGUCAUGUUUGGAUGUUGCCAUUAAUUGUAAUAAAUAAAACAAAUAUUUCGAAUGUA